AUGGCUUCUCUCACAGGUCCAUGGCUUCAUCUCCUAGUGCUUCUUAUUGUAGCCAUAGGCACGUUCCUGCUGCAUGCCCCCGCGGCGGCCGGCGGUGGCUGGAACGACGAUCCCACCGCCGGGUUCGAGAAGGUGGAGCUCUCCGACGGCGACUUCGAGGUGCAGAGCCCCUACAACGUGCCGGAGAGCCAGCGGUUCCAGUACCGGAACGGCAUCCGGACGUUCUGGGUGUACAAGAACGACAAGCCCUUCAACACCGCCACCCACACUAACCCCCGUUCCGAAGUGAAGGUCAAGUCGUCAGGGGUGUGGCAGUUCGAGGGCUACGGGUACGUGCCGUCGGGGACCUCCGGCGUGUCGGUGAUGCAGAUCCACGACGGGAAAGGCCAGGCGCACUCCACGGUGCUCAUGCUGCACGUCUACGACGGCGUCCUGCGCUACUACAGCGGCGCGGCCAUAGAGGCCGGCAUCUACGACCGGUGGUUCCGCCUCAACGUGGUGCACGACGUCGGCGCGUCGACGGUCACCGUGUACGUCGACGGCAGCCGCAAGUUCGGCGCCAGCGUGAUUCCCAGCGAAUCCUUCUACUUCAAGUUCGGAGUGUACAUGCAGCACCACGACCAGUCUAGCUGCAUGGAGUCGCGAUGGACCAACGUCACGCUCUAUACUAAGCACUAA